GGGCGUUAUCACAUUCGCUCUCUGCUCGCCGUUCUCAAGAAUGGGUUCAGUCCGCGCGCACGGCACACACACUGCCAUCUCCCAGCUCGAGCGGAGCGCGGCAAUUUAAUGACGACAUAAUCUGAUGAAGUAGCAACAAAUCGAGAGGAAAAGUGGAUCUUCAUGCGCACAUUCCCUGGAAUAUUCCAGCUGGCUUCAGGAUGAAGACACCGAUGCGUCAUGGAGUAGCCGUGUUUCUCGCGAUCACCAUGUGCACCAGUCUGUUGUUCGUGUACAGCGUCAGCUACAAUAAUAAUACUACAGCAUCCAGCCCGUCUAAGGGCGCGUCAGGUGAGAAAGUGGAGCCCACCAGUGCGCCCCGCGCGCCUCCAGUACUGCAGGGAUACAGCAGCAUCAUUGAGCACAAGCCUCUGAAGAUGCACUGCAGGAGCUGCGCGCUGGUCACCAGCUCGGGUCAUCUUACCAGUGGGGGUCGUGGAAAAGAGAUCGAUCAGGCGGAGUGUGUCAUCCGAAUGAAUGACGCGCCCACGGCCCGUGGCUACGGGGUUGACGUGGGUCACCGCACAAGCCUGAGGGUCAUCGCUCAUUCCAGCAUGCAGAGAGUGCUGCGCAGCCGGCAUGAACUCCUGAACUCCAGUCAGGACACAGUCUUCAUCUUCUGGGGACCCAGCAGUUACAUGCGACGUGAUGGGAAGGGGCUGGUUUAUAACAAUCUGCGGCUUAUGAACCAAGUGCUGCCCAAACUCAAGGUCUAUAUCAUCUCCUGGCAGAAAAUGCUCCAGUUUGAUGAACUAUUCAAGAGAGAGACUGGCAAAGACAGGAGAAUCUCUAACUCGUGGUUAAGCACAGGCUGGUUCACAAUGACUAUUGCCUUAGAGCUCUGUGACAGAAUCAAUGUGUAUGGCAUGGUGCCUCCGGAUUUCUGUAGGGAGUCUCAGCACCCCUCUGUCCCAUAUCACUACUACGAACCAACGGGCCCGGAUGAAUGUGCCAUGUACAUCUCCCACGAGCGAGGCCGGCGAGGCAGUCACCAUCGCUUCAUCACAGAGAAGCGGGUCUUUGCCAGCUGGGCUCGGAUGUUUAACAUUCAUUUCUACCAGCCGGACUGGAGUCCGCCACCGUUACCGAGAAAUAACACGGCAACCACAGCCUUUCCCCGAUCGCAGAAGACGUGACUCUCACCAGAGCCUUCAAAGAUCUCCAGCUGCCUCAGAUGGAUCACUGGCUAAUUCCUGUUGCCGUGUGGAUGGAGCUUUAAGUGUUGGAUUGACUGAGAGAGAGACUGAUGAAAGGAGAACUGAUGCUUAAACCUUUCUUUUCUUUUGCACAUUCAUUGUUUCUUUAGGUACAAAAUGCAUUCCAGUAGUCUGUACACAUCCAUGUCCGGAUCAAAGAGCUCCGGAGUGUAUACGAUCUGCCUGCAACAAAACGUGUACUAGAGACAAUGUAAAACAGCAUUUGCAAGUCAUUUUACUUUGAUAUGAAAUAUUAUUUAAUGAAACAUGAUAGUCAAUGACAGAACAGAAUGAUGGCACUUGAUUUGAUCCAACUUUGUGAAAAACAGUCUCAAUUUACUGUGUCAGGUGAUUAGAAGACAUCAGCAGAACAAGAAAAUGUAUUUUUUGGAUGAAUUUUUAUGAAAGCUUGUGAAGUGAGGCCUGAAAUGUGCACUAAGAAAGUAAAACAAUGCCAAUUUUUUGAUUCGUGUUGACUUAACCCAACACUGUCCAGUGUAUUAAUGACGUUUACACUCUUAAAAUUAAAGGUU